CUGCUGGGAUAUUCUAAUUUAUGGUGAUGGGAAGCAGAAUACAGAGGCUUAACUGCAGUUCCAUGGUGAUCCCCAGCAGUUAAUGCCGGCGGGCUCUCUCCGCAGAAAGAAGCUGGCCAAAAGGCCUGGGUACAUGAGGCCGGAGGCUCAGCGGCAGAUCGAGUUCCAGUCCCCGGGUGCCUGCGCAGCGUCCAGCCCAGCAGAGCUCCAGCACGCCAGGCAGCACUGUGGAGGCUCUGAGGGAUCUGCUCUGCUCAGACAGUGCCAAAAUGACCUGGAAUUCCUGCACUGUAGUGCUGUAGCUCCUGCUAAUGGGGUGACAACCUUGGCCACUACUGGAAACACUCCAGGAUGCUGUGAAAAUCUUUCUUGCUGCAAUAGUCCACGGUCAGAUAGCACAGGGCUAGGGGACUGCCCUGCUGCCACAACAGGCAAAGGAGAUGUUUCUGCUGUGUGCUGUACGUGGCAGAAAAGCUGCAGCACCAAAGUGAGCGAGCCCCCAAACAUGUAUGCUUUGGAUCAGACAGAAAUGAAUAACAACUGUGAAUAUCAAAACAGAGAUGGUAUUUCUCAUUCUGCUGGUGCACAGGAUAGCUUUAGAUCAAGUUUCAGUUUCAUACAGCUCUCCCUGAACUCGGCCUCUGGAGUAAAUGAUGUGGAAGGCAAAUCUAUUGAGGAAACUGAGAUUGUUUUGCAUCCCAAAACCACAGGCAAUCUGCAGAAGCUAGAAGAGAUGGCACAAGCUCAUGGGCACUUGGGAGAUUUGUGUUGCUCCUCCAGUUCUGGUGAAGAUUUGCAGCAUGAACGUGAGAGCCCAGUAAAUGAUAAAUUACAGGACUGUGAGACUGUCUCUCUCUUGGAUAUAGACACAACAUUUUCAUAUUCUACAGAUUCCUCGGAUGCAGCAUCUGCUGGCUCUUCUGUCACCUCAGGCUAUGAAAGUAGCUUUACUGUCAGUGACCAUAACUGGGAUACUUUGAUGAAAAAAUAUGAACCAGUGCUACAGGAUUGCUUGCUUGGCAACCGCAGUACGUUAAAGUUAAAGUCCUUGAUCUUACGGCUUCAGAGGCUUCAGGAAAAAGCAAUAGAGGAAGAUGACUAUGAUAGAGCUGAUAAAUUUAGACGGAAACUGGAAGAACUGGAGAAGGAGAAAAAUUCUUUAAAAUUUCAGCUUCCUUCAAGGCAUCCCUCUGUUAGCAGUUUUUUGGAUAGGUUCAUGACCCAAGUUCAGGCAACAUUGCACUGGGCUGCUGAUAAUUGGGUUAGACAUGAGGAAAAUGGUCUUUGUCAAGAAAAAGAGCUCAGACUUUUGAGAUCAACUUCCCAGGAGAGGACGCAGGUUUCAGCCAGAAAACGAAACCAGCUUUUUCAAGAAAAGAAGCGACUACAGAAAGAAAUUGAAGAUCUCCGAACAAGACUGGCCAUAUUAGAAGGAAAAGAUCAACAGCUGAGAAGAGAAAUUGAAGAACAAGAUAGGCUUAUUCAGUCACAGGACUGUGAACUGGCUGCUUUACUUGGCUGCAUUUCUUUGAGGGAACUGCAGGAAAUAAGCAAGGCUGUGGAUGACACCUUAGCAUCCUCCUAUCGGAUUCCACUCAGUUUAGAUCUUCCAGGACCAAUAAAGAGCCUUCAAGAGAAAGAACAAUUGUACAGCAUGUCCAUUAAAGAAACUACUGCCAAAGUUUGCACGAGUCAGAAGCUCUGCAGUACUUUGAGGAGGAAAGUGAGUGAUAUUGAGACUCAACUACCAGCUCUACUUGAAGCCAAAAUGCUGGCUGUUUCAGGAAGUAAUUUUGGCACUGCAAAGGAUCUUGCAGAAGAAAUAAGAUCAUUAACAUCUGAGAAAGAGGGACUGGAAGGACUUCUCAAUGAACUGUUGGUUCUGAGUGCCAGAAAUACGCGAAAAUUAGAGAGAAUUAAAGAUGAUUACACCAGACUGAAACAAGAACUUGAACAAGGAGAGACUGCCUUUGUGACCAGUGUAAAAGAAAAUGCUGAGAAGUACAUGGAGAUUCUGGAGGACAAACUACAUAGCUGUGGGAGCCAGAUGCUCCAAAGAGUGUGGGAAGCUGACUUGGAGGCCUGUCAGCUGUUGAUCCGAGGGUUUCAACUGAAAGAAACCAGUUGCUGUGGUUUUGAGGAAGAAGAGAACCAAAUGGAUGAGAUGGAGAUGACUGCUGAUGCCCCACCUGAUUCUGAAAAAAGAAAAGAAGGUCACUUUCUAAAGGGCGCAGAGUGGGGUGCUGUUUCCCGCCCCAAACACAGGGAGCUGAAAGAGGUUAUGGAAGACAUUUCAUUUGGAACAGAGGGUCAUUUAUCUGAGGAGUUCUUCAUAUUUUCUGCAGAGUUGGGAGAAAAAUGUGAAGCAAUAAGUGAGAAAUUGGUGCAUCUGGAAGAUCAAUUGCAAAGUUCCGCCUGCAGAGUUGAUGAAGGAGUUAUUCAGUCUCUGCAGAGGGAGAUCCAGGUGGUGAAGGAGACACUCCAGACCGUGCUGGUGCAACUUCAGUCAGCCAAGGAGGCAGGAGAAGAAAAGGCUGGAGACUUCCUCUGUGACAGCUGGUGUCCAGGAAAACAAGACUUGAAGGAAUAAUGAGCAGAAAGAGCUGGUAGGAUGACAUUAAUUCACAAAGGGCUGCUUUUAGUAACUGAAUACUGUUUUACUAAGCCUCAGGGAUCUCUUCUCUCCCCUGCAUAACUAAUAACUAAAUCAAUUAUGGAGAAACAGAGCCUGGAGGUCUAUCAUCAGAAGUAUGCUACGCAGCCUCAUAUGUUUUGGCACAGAUUGGGAAACAGCUUUCAGAGCAGAGCAGCUCCUGUAAAUGUGUAGAUUACAAAUUGAUACAUUUCAAGUGAGUCUGCAAAGUUGCCUUUAAUGUCAGUGAAGUGUUCUCCUUGAAGGCUCAUAAACACUGUCUUCCUCUACUCAUGGAUUUUUUCCCUGAUUUAAAAUGCAACAUUAAAGCUGGAACAUCUAGUAUUUCUUGGAAAAUAGCUCUAAGAAUAAUAAGAACUUUUUUUUUUCCCUCUUUGGCUUUAACAGCUUUCUUACACUGAAUGUAUUUUCACAUUCCUGCCAAUAAUUAAAUCAAUAGGGUGAAAUCCAAGCUAACCAUGUUCUUUCAACUGAAAUUUGGAUCUCAUUUGCUCUGUGGUAUUAAGUACAGUGGAGGUAGCUAACAGCAGCCCCUAUAGGAGUAGUUGAACUCAAUUUAUUUAGGUAUUAAUAGAAACUUUCUUUAGUAUUACAGUGGUUGUAAAGCAAAAAAAAAAAAUCCUAUGUUGAUGAUUUGUGUUGCUUAUAUUUAAAUAUUAUAUGAACAAGAAGUCAUUUAAAUCUUGUUGUAAAGAUUACUACCAUUAAUUUGAUCUUCCUUGUAAGCUUCAGCAGGAAUGCAGAUUUUUUUGCAAGACAUGUAUGUCAAUAUAUACACAUGCAUAGUUAAACAUGUAUUUUUAUAGGAAAUAAAAGCAGUACUCAGCUGAAGCCAACUGGAUAAUUGUUCAAAAGAGUUAAUGUCUUCAAAAAUUCAUGUGUACUUCUACUUUGAUACCAGUAUAUCUCUGAUACCAUAAAAAUUCUGUUGCAGAGGGAGAAUUUUUUUUAAAAAAUCCUUAUUUUUAAAAACACAAUAGAAAAUGUCUUGCAACUGAUACUGUACUUUUUUGAUACUGCUUUUCUGUCAUUUUUAGAAUUACUCUUCUACUUUGGUCACAUUUUAUAGCCACAUUGUGUUUUUGCAGAUUUUGAAGGUCAUUGGACUACUUUCCCACUAAGACCAUGUUCAUUUUUGGUGUGUUUUAAUGCUAGUUGAAACUUCUACCUCAGUGUUAAGUACAGAAGGAGAGAGGGAAAAAAAGUGCCAGGCAGCUGAGACAUACAAUAGGAUUAUAAUUGCCUCCAGGAGCAUAUGGUUGUCAAAGCAGUGCAGAGAGCUCAGGUGGUUUCUAUAGUCAUCAGAUCCUCAGGGCUGCAUUACAGCCCUGUAAUUCAGAACAUGGUUGACUUUUCUCACUGAGUAAUAUAUGGGCCAGCAUCCCUUUACGUUGUGGUCAAGCCUCUUGGAGCUCCAGCUUGCAUGGAUUCCGCUACUCAGUUCCCUAAUGGAGAUCUCCUGCUGUUCUGCUUGACAAGUUUAUCUCUCCACGUCCCUGUUCAAUACCUACCUCCCACCACAGCUCUGGCACUUUCUGAAGCUCCCCUGAACAGAUGAACAAGGUGUUUGCCUCCAGCUCAGGGCAGGAGACAAGUGCAGGUGGCACCCUGACAUUCAGCCCAUGCACAGGAACAGCUCCAGAGCAAAACCUGCCUGCCAGAAAGCACUAAUGGAAACCCACAUGAGUUCAGGUAAAGAGGAAAGAGAGCACUCUGACAAGAUACUCUUGAAACUGUUAAGAUAGCUCUUAGAACUGUUUCUUUAACACCCAUGGAAGCUGCCUGGGGUUCAGUACCUCAGAGGGCCCAGGUACUGCAUUUCCAGCAAGGAGCAUUUAUAUGGGACUGUGACAACAGUCCCAGAGAUGAUGGCCAGUACACUAAACUAAGGUUUCAUGACACCCCUCUCUCCCACCCUGCAGAGUUUUGUCCUUUGAAUACUUAGUGCCUGCAAUGUAAACAGUUGUUAGGCCCUAGAAGUGCCUUAGAGCCAGGAUCAGCUGCAGCUGAAGCAUCAGGUCUGUCUCCUUGCAGCAGCAAAGGCUCAACAGCAGGGAUAGGGCCCGACCACCACAGGGGCAGGAGAACAGAACCCUCAUUGCCACUAGCAAGGUUUCUUGAAGACAUUUCCAUUCAAUUAAAAAAAUUGUGUGGCUUUUGUGUUUCAAAGUUUCAGAGCACUACUGCAUCUUAAUAAAAACUCAAUUUAGGCAACCACUCUAAUAAGACACUGAAUUUCUAAGGAGAAAGGAAACGAAAUUGGUCAUCGUUGAUGUUAUGUUUGUAUCUGUUAACAUCUAUUUUAUAUGUAACAUGGACUACUACUACUCCUUUAAUUUAUUGUUCCAUUAACUUCAUUGUUUGUUGUGGGAAGUUAGAGCCAGUAACCAUCCCUUUUCUGACACAUGUGAUAAUAAGCGUACUUUAAAAAAAAGGUAUACUAUGCAAUGUAUUGGCUGCCUUUUAUCUGUGAAUAGAAAAUUUUCAA